AACUAUCUUCCCUUCUACUGGGCACAAAGAGAACCAAACCAUAAUGGGCUUCACUGGAAAGUAUGAACUUCAGUCCCAUGAAAAUUUUGAGCCAUUCAUGAAAGCCAUUGGUCUUUCUGACGAGUUGAUUGAAAAAGGCAAGGAUAUCAAAAGCGUCUCCGAAAUUGUACAAAAUGGCAAGAAAUUCAAAGUCACUGUGACAACUGGAAGCAAAGUUGUCACAAAUGAGUUUACAAUUGGAGAAGAAGCUGAGCUACAGACUCCAACAGGAGAAAAGAUCAAGGCUGUUGUUCAAAUGGAAGGAGACAAUAAGUUGGUUGUAAACUUGAAGGAUAUCAAGUCUGUUACAGAAAUCAAUGGAGACACCAUCAUUAAUGUAAUGAGUGUGGGUGACGUUCAUUACAAGAGGAUCAGUAAGAGAAUCUAGGUAACCUGGGCAUCUCUUUACUGUGCUGUAUAAGACAGAUACAAUAAAGUGUACAAAAGACUCUUCA